UCAUUCCAACCAGCGCCUCUCUCUAUCUCUCUUUUCCUUCUCCUAACCCUCUUUCCUAUUAAGAGGAGAAGGAAUAACAAAAACAAUAUACACAAUGGCUUUCGCUUUCACUUUCACCAAAACCCUAAUUCUCUUCGUCUCCCUCUCCUCCCUCCUCCUCCAAACCCACGCGGCCCGCGGCCCCCGCACCGUCCAGGCCCGCCUCUACAGCCUCUGCAAGCCCACCACCAAUGUUGGGCUGUGCUACAGGACCAUCCUGCCGGAGGUGCUGGGCCUGCCCCGCUUCAACUAUUACAAGGCCCUCGAGGUGGAGAUGCUCGUGACCCAGAAACAGGUGGAGAAAACCUCGAAGUUGAUAAGCGUGCUCCUGGCGAGGCCCGGAAACUCGAAGGAUCUCGGCGACUCACUCCAGAUUUGUAAGGAGCAGUACGGCAACAUCAUGGACUCGAUGGCGGAGGCCAAAAGUCAAGUGGCUCAGCGCAACGUCAUAGAGGCACGUUUCAAGUUCAGCUCCGUUGUAUCCUACUAUGAAAGUUGCAAUGAUUCCUUCACCAAAGGGACCUCGCCGAUUGUCGAGGAGGCGCAGGGCGUGUACGACCUCGCCGGAAACUGCUUGGACAUCAUGAAAGCCAUUCAAGAUAGAGAGAGUCGUCGCCGUCGAGGUACGGGCCCGGUUACAAGCCCAUAAGCCCAGGGACAAAUUGGCCUUUGCACUUAGUUAGGCCCAAUAAUAUAUUCAAGGCCCGUGAUGCUGCUUAACAAGGAGAGAUUGAUUAUUAUUAUAUUUUUUUUUUUAUCGUUUUCUCAUGUUGGUUUGUAAUUGUCGUCUCGGUGCUUUUGUGUGGAUUUGGAGAUUCAAUGUUAUGUGAAUAAUAAUGUGAUACUAAUCCUCAUGGAGAGAAGAAA